AUGGCUGACACCGGCAGCAUCACGGCCAACGAGAGGCGGUGGAACUGCCUCGUCGAGCUCGCGGCUAUGCUUUCCGAAGGCAGAGUUCGACUCGAAGAUCUACUCUCCCAACUAAAAAGCCCAUCCCCAUUGGAGGGCUUCUCAAGAAAGGCCAAGCGUUCCCCAAGAACCGGGCCGAAACCUGCCGAUGAAAAGCCCGAAUCCAGCUCGGCCCGUAUCAAGAUAAAGUUCAAGAACCUUCAAACCGGCAGGCCCACAAACCCUAACCCUAACCCUAUCCAACUCACAAGCAAGAAGAAGCCGAGGUUCAAAAUUGAGGACCACGUCAUGAUGACGAGGACCGUCGACCCACCCGACCCUGGCCCGGCCCGUGAGUUCGUGGACUACAUUAUCGAGAACUCGGGUCGACCCGGGAGCGUGGUUUUGGUGAUCGAGAAGAAGCUGUUCUGGUCGGACGUGAGCCCGGGCCACGCCAGGCUGUCGGUGCCGGGCUGCCAGGUCAAAAACCGGUUCUUGUUGGAGAGAGAAGCCGAGAAGCUGAAGAAGUCGAGCACGGGAAUCGAGGCGAAGCUCGUGCAGCCAAACGUGAGGGAAUGCGGAGUGGAGUUGAAGCUGUGGGAGUCGAACUCGAUGUACGCGUUGAUCGGCGGGUGGAUGGAUAUCGUGGCUACAAACGAGCUGGCGGUCGAGACAUGUGUCAGGCUGUGGGCCUACCGGACGGUAGACUCCGAUGAGCUGUGCUUAGUCUUGGAAAAGAUUCCGAAAGGGUUAAUGAAUUGA